AGCGCGUGAACGCGCCCGUUACUCCUCUCUCUCUUUCUCGACUCGGUUUUCCCGCUUGGUCUCCGCCCGAAAUCUGAAAGUUCGGCGUCGGUUCAGACCCACGUCUGCUCGUGUUCGUGCUCCUGCUUCUGGUCUGGUCUGGUCUGGUCUGGUCGUCCUUCCUCAGACAUGAUGGACUGGACGGUUCCAGUUCUGCUGUCACUGCUCUGGGUUCAGUUCUCGGUGGAAGUCUCGGACGAACCGGACGUUCAAGUGAUUGACGUGCUCAGUCUUCAGGAUGCACGUCAGAGCGCGGCGGCGGUGGAGAAGCUGUCGGGCAGUCUGAGCGCGCUCAGUGACGUGUACGUGGUGUCGACGCUGCGGCUGCCGGUGAAGCUGGGCGGAGUCUUGAUGGGAGUGUACAGUAAACAGGACAACAGGAAGUACUUGGAGGUGGCCGUCAUGGGAAAGAUCAAUAAAGUUCUGGUCCGCUACGUCAGAGCGGACGGGAAAGUCCACACAGUCAACCUGCAGAACGCCAACUUAGCGGAUGGACGCACACACUCUGUCCUCCUGAGAGUGGGCGGUCUGAACCGACAGCACGCCCACAUGGAGCUGUACGUCGACUGCCGAUUGGCCGACUCCAGCCAGAGUCUGCCACCGCUCGUCCCUCUGCCUGGAGAUGCCCACCUGGUGGAGCUGAGACAUGGACAAAAGACGUACGCUCGUCUUCAGGGAGCAGUGGUGUCCCUCAAACUGUCUCUAGGGGGCAGCGUUGCUCAAGCUGGAGCUUUGACUGAUUGUCCUUUUCAGGGAGACGCGUCAAACUACAAUACAGUGAACGGGGACGUGAACUCCAUCCUGGGUGAUCACACCAAGGCUCUGAUUGGACAACUCAUCAUCUUCAACCAGAUCCUGGGAGAACUGAGACAGGACAUCAGAGAACAGGUGAAGGAGAUGUCCCUGAUCAGAAACACCAUCCUGGAGUGUCAAGUAUGUGGUUUCCAUGAGCCUCGUUCACGCUGCGUCCCUAACCCGUGUUACAAAGGUGUCCCCUGUGUGGACAGCCUGCACUUCCCUGGAUACACCUGUGGACCCUGUCCUCCAGGGACCAACGGUAACGGGACACAAUGUCAGGACAUUGAUGAGUGUGAGCUGCAGCCAUGUUUCUCUCCUGAUGCCUGUGUCAACACCAUGGGCGGCUUCAGCUGUCAGUCAUGUCCUCCAGGCCUGUGGGGGGCGCCACUGGUUGGAACUGGACUGGACUACGCCAAGACACACAAACAGGAGUGCGUGGACAUCGACGAGUGCUUGGAUCUGCCAGAUGCCUGUGUGUCAAACUCUGUGUGCAUCAACACUGUGGGCUCGUAUAAGUGUGGUGGCUGUAAACCCGGUUUCCUUGGCAACCAGACUUCAGGUUGUUUCCCCAGGAAUUCAUGUGCUGCUUUGACCUUUAACCCCUGUGACACCAACGCACACUGCACCAUGGAGAGGAAUGGAGACGUUUCCUGCAGGUGUAACGUGGGCUGGGCAGGAAAUGGAAACACAUGUGGUUUUGACACAGACAUCGAUGGAUAUCCUGACCGUUCUCUGCCCUGCAUCGACAACAACAAAUACUGUAAACAGGACAACUGUGUGUUUACGCCAAACUCUGGUCAGGAAGAUGCCGACAACGACGGCAUUGGAGAUCAGUGUGAUGAGGACGCUGACGGAGACGGUGUCAAGAAUGUGGAGGACAACUGUCGCCUGGUCGCUAACAGAGACCAGCAAAACUCUGACAGCGACUCGUUUGGAGAUGCCUGUGAUAACUGUCCUAACGUCCCCAACACUGAGCAGAGGGACACAGACAGUAAUGGACAGGGAGACGCCUGUGACCAGGACAUUGACGGAGACGGCAUUCCAAACGUCCUUGAUAACUGUGUGAAGGUUCCAAACCCGAUGCAGACGGACAGAGACCGUGACGGAGUUGGUGACGCCUGUGACAGUUGUCCAGAGCUCAGUGACCCCACACAGACGGACAUAGACAACGAUCUGGUGGGAGACGUGUGUGACACCGACCAGGACACGGAUGGAGACGGUCUUCAAAACAGCAGAGACAACUGUCCCGACAUUCCCAACAGUUCACAGCUGGACUCUGAUAACGACGGACUCGGAGACGACUGUGACCAUGACGACGACAACGAUGGUGUCCUCGACGAUCACGACAACUGCCGACUCAUCGUCAACCCCAACCAGAAAGACUCUGACAUGGACGGCGUUGGCGAUGUCUGUGAGGACGACUUUGAUAACGACUCGGUGUUGGACGUGAUGGACGCGUGUCCAGAGAGUGCAGAGGUCACGCUCACAGACUUCAGAGCCUAUCAGACGGUCGUCCUGGACCCAGAGGGCGAUGCCCAGAUCGACCCCAACUGGGUGGUGCUGAAUCAGGGAAUGGAGAUCGUCCAGACCAUGAACAGUGACCCUGGUCUGGCAGUAGGAUACACAGCGUUUAACGGUGUGGACUUCGAGGGAACGUUUCACGUCAACACGGUGACAGACGACGACUACGCCGGUUUCGUCUUUGGUUACCAGGACUCGUCCAGUUUCUAUGUGGUGAUGUGGAAGCAGACGGAGCAGGCGUACUGGCAGUCUGUCCCCUUCACAGCGCUGGCCCAGCCCGCGCUACAGCUCAAGGCGGUCAAAUCUCAGACUGGACCGGGUGAGUAUCUGAGGAACGCCCUCUGGCACACAGGAGACACACCUGGAGAGGUGACGCUGCUCUGGAAGGAUCCAAGGAACAUGGGCUGGAAGGACAAGACCUCGUACCGCUGGCAGCUGAGCCACCGGCCCCAGGUCGGAUACAUCAGGGUGAAGCUGUUUGAGGGAACAAAGAUGGUGGCUGACUCAGGUGUGGUGAUUGACAGCUCCAUGAGAGGAGGACGACUCGGCGUUUUCUGCUUCUCUCAGGAAAACAUAAUCUGGUCCAACCUGCGCUACAGGUGCAACGACACGGUGCCUGCAGAUUUCCACUCUCAUCGUAAACAAGUUCUGAUGCACAUUCAGGUUUGAGAGUAGCAGGUGAAGCAGUGACAUCAUCAUCUUCAUCAUCUCUGCUGACUCAUGUCGUCAUAACAACGCAGAAGAAGCUACACAGUGUGUUCACACACACUAAUGAUGAUGUCACUGAUGAUGUCUUCAACUAGUGGACAAACUGUGACAUCAGGACCUGGACCGGACUGUAAACCAUCAGAACCUGAACCAGACUGUAAACCACCAGAACCUGGACCAGACUGUUAACCACCUGAACUGGACUGUAAACCACUAGAACCUGAACAGGGUUGUAAACCACCUGAACCUGGACCGGACUGUAAACCACCAGAACCUGGACCGGACUGUGAACCAGCUGGACCAGACUGUAAACCACCAGACUCCCCUUUAAUGAUUGAAAUGCUGAGUCAUUGAAACAUAGAUAUUGAUCAGAUCACAUGACCCUGCUGACGAAUCAUAAGCUACAACAUAUUUGAUGUUUUUCAUGUUUGAAAUAAAAAAUCUGAUCAUUUUAA